AUGUCUGAGAAACUCAACGACUACGGCGACGAGAAGAUCGGCACGUCCGAUUCUUCACCUAACCAUGAGCUCGCCGAACAGGCAGGACGCCGCUCGUCGGUAGCCCUCAACAUCGUCGAAAACCCGCUGAAGCGCGUAUCUCAACCCCAAGCUUCUGCUGAUGCCAUGGCCUUUGCCGAAGCCAAUGGUAUGCCCGAGCAUGCUGCUCUCUUCGGACGUGCUGCAGCUGUCGCGCGAGCCCCGGACAGCUUCGAGGCGAUCCACGACCUGACUCAAGAGGAGCGCGCUGCUCUUAUCUACGAACGAGACCAUAAAUGGCACGGCCCGAAGAUGCUCUGGUACUCCAUUGGACUUUGCGCCGUCGGAGCUGCUACUCAAGGUUGGGAUCAGACUGGUUCCAACGGUGCCAACUUGUCUUUCCCCGAAGCUUUCGGUAUCCACAAUGGUACUAGCAGAGAUGCGUGGCUCGUUGGUCUGAUCAACUCGAUCAUUUUCUUGACUGCUGGGCUGAUCGGCGCAUUCAUCACCGACCCUCUCAACCACUACCUCGGUCGUCGUGGCGAAAUUUUCCUGACCGGCCUCUGUCUUACCGCAACACCCAUCGGAUCUGGAUUCGCCAAGUCCUGGCAAGGUCUUUUUGCUGCCCGCUUCAUCAUGGGGAUUGGUAUCGGUGCAAAGAACGCCACGGUCCCAAUCUACUCUGCCGAAAUGGCCCCGCAUCGCAUCCGUGGCGCGUUGGUCAUGUUCUGGCAGUUGUGGGUCGUCGCUGGUAUCUUCCUGGGCUUCUGCGCGAACGUCAUCGUCAAAGAUACUGGCAACAUUUCGUGGCGUCUCCAGCUCGGCUCCGCUUUCAUCCCAUCGUUUGUCCUGAUCUGCGGGAUCUGGUUCUGCCCGGAGAGUCCUCGUUGGCUUAUGAAGCAUGGCCACAUUGCCAAAGGUUUCCGAUCCAUGGAUAGAUUGCGAGCACAUCCCAUCAUUGCUGCUCGAGACUACUAUUACUCGUACGUCAUUUACGAGGAGGAGUUGCGCGAGGCCAAGGGCUCCGGCUACUUCCAGCGCAUGUGGGACUGUUUCGCCAUUCCUCGCAUUCGCCGUGCCAAUUACGGUGCCUCGACCGUCAUGCUUGCUCAGCAGAUGUGCGGCAUCAACAUUAUCUCCUUUUACAGCUCCACCAUCUUCGAACAGGCCGGGUACACUUCAGAUCAGGCUCUGUACGCUUCAUUGGGAUACGGAGCCAUUCAAGUCGUAUUCACCAUCCCCACCUUGUUCUUGAUCGACACCAAGGGACGCCGAACAUUGACUAUGAUUACAUUCCCACUCAUGUGUAUCUUCCUGCUUGCAGCGGGUCUCUCUCUACUCAACAAGACCGGCUCUGCUGGCGCUCAAAUCGGCCCAGUCGUCCUCUUCAUCUACCUCUUCACGAUCAUGUACUCUUUGGGCGAAGGCCCAGUUGCCUUUCAGUACUCUGCCGAGGUCUUUCCGACGAUUCAGCGUGAGCAGGGCAUGGCUUGGGCUGUGUGCAUCAACAACACCUUUGCUGGCAUUCUGUCCCUCACCUUCCCACGUAUGGUGCAGGUCAUGACGCAGACUGGUGCUUUCGGCUUUUACGCCGGUCUCAAUCUGAUCGCCUGGGGCAUGAUCUUCUGUUUCGUGCGUGAGACGAAGCAAUUGACGCUCGAGGAGAUUGACCAGGUCUUCCAAGUCCCAACCAAGACCUUCAUCCACCACGAAAUCACCAAGACCGCCCCUUACGUCAUCAAGAGGUACUUCUUGUUCCAGAAGAACACUCCCAAGCCACCGGGAAUCAUCGAGAAGGGCGAUAACGUCGACAGGAUGGUUGAGAAGAUGCACUAG